AUUGAACUAAACGCAAGCGAUUCCGAGUGAAAAGCGAGAGAGAUUCCAAGCGGUAUUUAAAGUGAGAUUUGCUCUCAAGUAAACUAAGAGUGAGUUUGAAAGUAUUUAGACAAAUUUUAAACUGGAAUAAUGGCGCUUCUACCAUACUUGUUGGACGAUCUACGCCCACGUCGUAUUCGAGAUCAGCUAUUUGGAUUAGAUCUGUCUCCGGACGACUUCUUGGCUGACAUAGUUGACCGGCCGAUGCUCUCCGUGCGAAAGUACAUUCGUCCGUGGAGGAAUUUGGCCGCAGUCGCCCGGGACGUUGGUUCAACCAUCAAGUCUGACAAGGACAAGUUCCAAGUGAAUUUGGAUGUUCAGCACUUUGACCCGGAGGAGAUUUCUGUCAAGACUUCGGAUGGUUACGUUGUGAUAGAAGGAAAACACGAAGAGAGGAAAGAUGAGCACGGAUAUGUGUCUCGCCACUUUACGCGUCGGUAUGCCCUGCCUGAAGGUUGUAACCCGGAGACUGUGGAGUCCAGGCUGUCUUCUGAUGGUGUGCUGACUGUAGUGGCUCCGAAGGUGUCGGAGAGCAAGAAUGAGAGGGCCAUCCCCAUCACUCAGACGGGACCAGUGAGAAGAAAGGCUCAUGAAGAACAAGAAAUGAAUGGCAGUGCUGAAGAAGAAGCCAUUGAGAAAACCCCGCAAAAGAAACGCAAGAAGUAGAAUAUUCCAAAUGUAGUUUUAAGUUGAAAUACUUAAGUAACCGCUACGUACCUCCGUUAGUUAAUAUAAGACUGAUUUCAGUAUUUGUAAGAUUAUUUCAAUAA